CAGAGACGGAGUAGCCAGUAGCCCAAACCAGUCUCCUAAGGGUGGCCUGAGAGUUGGUCUAGCCUGACAGCCCAUUACCUCAGGAAGCAGAGGCUGCCCUUUUGAUAGGGGCUUUGGGGUCAGAGAGUGGGACCUUGGGGCCUUGGGCUGUCACAAGGACUCCAAAAAGCCACACAGAGCCUUGAGCCAUGAAGGACUGCUCAGAUAUCAUCCUGUGUGUGGAGGAGACAGAGCUGAGCAAGACUUUCUGCAAUCCUGCUUUCCAGCCUGAAUCGGUCACAUGCCCUCCACCAGCCUUCUGGGAGGAGGCCAGCUGCAGCAUCCGCGCCCCCUGGCAUGAUCAGCGUCGCCGAGUGCUGCAGCCAGACUGCCAUUUCUCCUGGUUAUGUGUCCUCCUGCUGGCCAGCCUGCUGCUCCUACUGCUGGGGCUGCUGGUGGCCAUCACCCUGACCCAGUUGCAGGCUGCACACCCUCCUGGGGCCUCCUAUCAUCCACUCUCUGCCCGAGACCUCACCACCACUAGCACCACCUCUACCACCACCACCACCACCUCUCAGGCAACUAGGACCCCUAAAGGGCAGCAGGAGGUGGGCAUGAGCCCCACACUUCAGUCCACCUGUGGGGGCAUCCUUCCUGGACCAAGGGGCUUCUUCAGCAGCCCCAACUACCCAGACCCUUACCCACCCAAUGUUCACUGCAUGUGGCACAUCAAAGUAGCCACAGACCACACAAUACAGCUCAAGGUUGAAACUCUCAGCAUGGAGAGUGUGGCCUCCUGUCUUUUCGAUCGCUUGGAAAUCUCCCCUGAGCCUGAAGGUCCCCUUCUCAGAGUAUGUGGGAGGGUGCCUCCCCCCACACUCAAUACGAAUGCCAGCCACCUCCAGGUGGCCUUCGUCUCUGACAGCAGUGUGGAAGGAUUUGGUUUCCAUGCCUGGUACCAGGCUGUGGCUCCUGGGAAUGGGAGCUGUGCCCAUGAUGAAUUCCCCUGUGACCAGCUCAUCUGCCUACUACCUGACUCAGUGUGUGAUGGUUUUACCAACUGUGCUGACGGCAGUGACGAGACCAACUGCAGUGCCCAGUUCUCAGGAUGUGGAGGAAACCUGACUGGGCUCCAGGGCACUUUCUCUGCUCCGAGCUACCUGCAGGAGUAUCCUCACCAACAACUUUGCACCUGGCAUAUCUCAGUGCCCGCUGGACAUGGCAUAGAACUACAGUUCCACAACUUCAGCCUGGAAGCUCAGGAUGAGUGCAAGUUUGACUAUGUGGAGGUGUAUGAGACCAGCAACUCAGGAGCCCUCGGCCUCCUGGGCAGGUUCUGCGGAGCAGAGCUGCCCCCUCCCCUCAUCUCCUUACACCGCCGUCUGGCUGUGCUCUUCAGGACAGAUCAUGGCUUCAGCAGCGGGGGCUUCUCAGCCACCUACCAGGCACUCAACACCACAGAGAACCCCUGUGGGCCCAGAGAGUCCUCCUGCAAGAAUGGAGGGUGUAAGAGUCUGCAGUGGAUGUGUGACACACGGAGAGACUGCACAGAGAGCAGUGACAACAAAUGCAGCAGCCCCUUGUUUCCACUUCCAGAGCUGGCCUGUGAGCCUGUCCAAGUGCAGAUGUGCAUCGGGCUGAGCUACAACACCACGGCCUUCCCAAACAUCUGGGUGGGCAUGGCCACCCAGGAGGAAGUGGUGGAGGUCCUCAGAGGUUACAAGAGCCUGACAAGUCUGCCCUGCUAUCAGAAUUUCCGGAGGCUCCUCUGUGGGCUGCUGGUGCCCCACUGCACCCCACUAGGCAGUGUCCUUCCUCCUUGCCGCUCUGUCUGCCAGGACGCAGAGCACCAGUGCCAGUCUGGCUUGGCAUUCCUGGGUACUGCUUGGCCCUUCAAUUGCAACAGGCUGCCUGAGGCAGCUGGUCUGGAGGCUUGUGCCCAGCCCUGAUCUUGAAGUGGACACCUGCCCUCCGCCUGCCCAUCCUCCUUUGUCUGUCAGGGCAGGCAGGCAGGUAGACAAAGGAAGGGGGACCAGCAUGGGAUUCUGCCCAUCCUCUCCGAGGCCUCCCAGGAGGGGAGGAGAAGUCCUCACUGGGACAAUGAGACCCUCCCACUCUCCCAGCUCCUUCCAUGUCCCUUUACUAGCACCAGCUGCCACAAGCAGCAGGCCUGACUCCACGCAGUGCCAUUAGCAGUCUAAACUACUUCCCACCCAAGCCUCUGACCCCCGUUUCCUAUCUUCUGCUUUCCCACGCUCCAUCUGCUUUUCCAGGUUCUCUAUUAACCGCCUUCUGACUUUUUCAUUUAUUCAAGAAAACGUAUUGAGUACCUGGUAAUGUGGCAGGCC